AUGGCGACCAUGAGCAACGGUGGGCGAUCUAGUUUAUUCAAUGGAUUGGGAACAAUAACGGAAGGAACCGAAUACCCGAGCCUGACGCCUCAGCUGAACACCCCGCGGAUAUUGAAGAUCAACGGCAAGAAGCCCGUGCCGCGGGACACUAUCAAACUGACGACUGGGGGUGGCCUGGGGAAGAUACCAGGUGUGUUUGUCACUGACAUGGACCCGGGGCGAGAUGACGAGGAGACGAGCCUGUUUGAGGCUUUCCUCAUUGUGGAGGAGCAACAGGAAGAAGAACUCGAAGAGCACAAGGCCGACCAGGAAAGAGCUCGCUCCGUUUACGAAGCAGCAUGUAAGCGGUGUGGAGUAGCGAUAUCUAAAGCCAUCCUUCACGCCAUCGGGUUGAACCAUGUCAAACUUAAGAACCAUAGCUUGGGAAUACAGGGCAUCAAGCCUUUGUGCAUUGCAUUGGUGUCAAAUGUGUAUGUGACGAGUCUUGACCUUGAAGGGAAUGACCUGGGGGCGAAGGGCGCCGCGGCCGUAGCAGACGUCCUCAGCGAAAACUUGUUUAUAUUAGAUUUGAAUCUCGCAGAAAACAAAAUCGGUACAGAGGGUGCUCGAUGUCUCACUAAGGUCCUCCGAUCCAAUCACACGCUGUGCAAACUCAAUCUAUCGGGAAACGAUUUUGGGGAAAGUGAUGCCAAAUAUUUUGCGAAACUUUUAUCGUCAAACACCAACGUGAAGGAGUUGUGUUUGAGCCAUAAUGCAUUUAGAGAGACGGGAGGAGAAGAAUUGGGUGGUGCUAUAGCUAAAAAUGCGACGUUAAAAGUUCUGGAUUUAAGUUGGAACCACCUACGGUUAAAAGGGGCGGUGUCAAUAUGUAAGGCUCUUGAGAAGAACAAGGGUUUGUCUGUCCUCAAUCUUGCCUGGAAUGGGUUUGGCCUGAUCGGUUGCCAGGAGAUGGCCACAGCUAUGGAGAAGAACAAGACUUUAGAGGAGCUCAAUCUCUCGGCCAACAGGAUAGACAACCUGGGCCUGGCACAUCUACUAAGGGGACUCAGUGAGAACACCACCCUACAAGUAAUAAAGCUUGGGUCGAACCCUAUCUACGGAGAGGCAGUGACAGGUCUCUUGGACUGGUUUGAAACAUACAUGUCCUCUGGCAUCAAAUUGAUUGAUUUGACGCAUAUAUGUAUCGACGAAGACUUCCAAGAGAAACUCAAGUGCAUCCAGCGAAUUCGUACCAUUGAUAUCAUCCAUGGUUCGGUGGUGAAUCCUCAGCGCUCCCUUGUGGCCAAACAUCGCCUGUCCAUCUUUGACACCACUACAGAUCCGAUCAUGGUGUUGUUUGAGUACAUGAAGCAAUCAAACCUUCGACUUGUGGACUUCUUCCACGUCUUGGACCGCGACAAGAGCGAAACUAUCAGCAAACAGGAGUUUAGAGAAGGAUUGCAGAGUGUCAACAUCCCGAUGAGUGAACAGGCGUUAUCCUCCUUGAUGAGGAAGAUGGACCUCAAUAAUGAUGGACAGAUCGAUUUUGGAGAGUUUGUCGUAGGACACAAGGAAAACGUGAAGAAAGUGAGCACUGUGAGGAAGACCAAUGAGAACAAACAGGCGCAGUUCAUGUAUCUUCGCGAGAAGGUCAAGCGGCUUGUGGGAGCUAGAAGCAAGCCCAGCAAGGAAGCCGCCAACCAGGAGACAACGAAUCCUCGCACUGGGUUCGUGACGGCAGUGUUUAAACAUCUCCAACCGCCUCAUGAAUGAUACCAAGUGCUCGUCCCCAUUGUGAAAUCAAAUCGCGAUAUGAAAAAAAAACUUUGAGAAAAGUCAUAACUAAGGACAGUCCACAUUUAGAAAGGUUGAGAGUAUAUGCAUGUAAUCCACAUGUCAAACAAGCGAUCGUUUUUUUUGGUGAGAAAGCUGCUGUAUAUACACGUCAUGUAAGCUUAAAGAAUAGCGAAUAUCUGAUGAUGUCCUUAUUUAUAACUGUUAGUAACAACAUCUGUGAAUGUUCAUAAAGAUAUGUGUAACGUGUAAUA